UGCGGAGAACGCGAGAACUCGCGUACUUGAGAAUUGAGAAAGGGCCAUGGUUUGCAGGUCCGCCUCACCGUGUGAGCUAAGCAGCUAUGCUUCAAAUAAAAAAUCGUAUGAGGUACAGCUCGCUGGGCAUCACUGCAGCGCGCCUGUUUUCUUCCGGCCCCGUCGAGAACCCGGUAGUAUUUUUGGACAUCGACGCUGACAGCGAUCCUCUGGGGAGAAUAAUCAUUGAGCUGAAUGCAGAUGUGGUGCCAAAGACUGCAGAGAACUUCAGGGCUCUGUGCACCGGGGAGCAUGGCUUUGGAUACAAGGGAUCUGUGUUUCACAGGGUCAUCCCCGAGUUCAUGUGUCAGGUACAGUUUACAGUGAAGGUGCAGUGUCAUUUGGCAUGUUUUCUGCUGUUGUUUUUUCUCUUGCAGGGAGGAGAUUUUACCAACCACAACGGUACAGGAGGGAAAUCUAUUUAUGGGAAAACGUUUAAAGAUGAAAACUUCAAGUUAAAGCACACUGGUCCAGGAACACUUUCAAUGGCAAAUUCGGGCCCGAACAGCAACGGCUCGCAGUUCUUCAUCUGCACAACGAAAACCGAGUGGCUUGAUGGUAAACACGUGGUGUUCGGGCAGGUGAAGGAUGGGAUGGAUGUGGUCUCCAAGAUGGAAUCCUUUGGUUUACACGACGGCGGUGUGAUCAAAAAAAUUGUCAUCACAGACUGCGGGGAGAUCAAAUGACGCCCAAGCGCACUCACAGACUUUUGCUGGAUGAGUCAUUGUGCAGCAAUCUAGUAUUUACUCUGUCCUGGCUCGUGUGUUCGUGCACUCUGAAGGCGGGGCUGUCGCAGGUGAUCAGCUUUUACUCAAAUCUGUGCUUUUUAACUUCUGGUUUUGAGGUUGAGCAAAGCCAGAGGUUUCUAACACUCAGACAGACCUUUUUACUCUCUAAAAUCUUUACUCGACUGAUCUAAAUUGUAUGCAAGCAUGUAAAACAAUUGUGUGGUGACUCAUUCUCCAAUAACUGCCAAAUAAAUGACUGAUAUUUUUCGACUUUA